CAUUAAGAUAAUCUACUUACAAAAAUAGAGAAACUAUCGAAUGCGUCAGUGCAAUGUUUUUCUAAAAAUCUAUUAACAGUUGUGAGAUUUUAGCAAUAUCUUACUAUAUCUUUAUUUUGACUAUAUUAAAAAGACUAUAAUUGCAGAGAAGAUAAAAUAAUAACUCUACAGUAAGUAUCUUUACAGUAAAUAUUUUAUUAAACGGAUACCUAUGCAAUAUUUCUCUUGAUAUUCGAAAUUCUAACCGCCAAGACAAACUCAUAUCUCGACAGCAAAUCCCGUUCUGUACUCUGAACAAUAAAACAUUAUUGUUUAUAAGCUAUUCGUUACGGUAAAAAAUGGGACAUUCUCUGUUUGCCCUACCAAUUCUGUCCACGGCAAUUGUGAGCUUUGGAUUAGAAGUAAAUGUUGUUCAUAAAGGGAAACAUUGUCAGUACGAAUGGGAAAGUGAACAGCAGAAGGAAGACGCAAUAAGUUCUGACGCUUACAGCUCCUACAUGAGCAUAUUUAUCGAUGCAAAAAGAGUAAAUAAUGGUAGAGUAUUCGUUACUGCGCCAAGAGAAAUUGACCCUAGUUCACCUGCCACUUUGGCGACAGUGACUGAUAAGACAGGAUCAAGAAGUCCACUUCUACAUCCGUAUCUGUCAUGUGUUAGUGCUCAAGAAGUCGUGUACGACGUAUAGAUAUAAAGCGAUAAACGAAUAGCUAACACACUCCACGGCAAUUCAUAUACAACAUUAAAGCGAGGAAGGAUGGAAUGGCCUGCAACGUAAUCUAAAAACGUGUACAAUGCCUUUGAUUUCGUCAUCGCAACUUUUAUCUUUGAAGUUUGAAUCCAUAAAAAGUAAACAAAAUGUUUAUAAAAAUUGAA